UGAAAUAACAUAGACAAUAGAACGUCGUAAACGCAACAGCUGAAACUACCAAAAUGUGUGUUGUCCGUUGACGCUGGAUAACAAUUUCGAGGGUGAUUUUGAAUUUAUACGGCACAUUUUCUAGUCUACACGCAAUAUUUUAAUAAAUAUGUGCCCUUAGAAAAAGGACUUACGUGUUUCCGUUUUACUUGCCAUUAUUUCCGUUAACGGCUCGCGUUUAGGCGGAUCUGAUCAAUCGUCAAAAGUUGUUUACGGAAGAAGCGGGGACAAUGGCAUCAUUCAGGAUUCACGAAGAUCAAGAAAAUGCUUCUCUGGCGGCCAGAAAAGAAAAUGCCGAUGUAUUUUCGGCUGCUCAGCGGCGCGCUCUCGGCGACCUCAGUCAUUUCGCCUGCAAUCAGAACCGGAAUAUCAAAUUGGCCGGAUUGACAAAUGGACCUUGCAAAGUCCAAGAUGAGACACGGACAGUGCGUCAAAUUAAAAAUGAAAAGAAUAUUGUGCCCCCUGUGGCGCAAUUUCGCGCCUUCAGCGUGUACGAAGACAAACCGUCGGAGGUGGAAGUCAAGAAACGCGAGCCAACUUUCAAGCCCUUCGUUGCCAAGGAUACAAAAAAAGAGAGCUUCUUCAUCAGCGCUGCUGAAAACGUGCGCGCCCUUUGCGCUCAGGUUGAGAAGCAAUCAGAUCGUCCUACUGAAGCACCUCCAAAGAGACUGCCGUUGCAAGAGAAGAAAGAUGUGGUGGAAUCGCCCAUGUCUGUUGGAGAUGCAAGUAUCCUUUCAUCUAUGUCAAUCUCCAAGAAUGAGAGCAGCGUUCUUGAAAUUACUCUCGAAGAUGAUGAGGAAGAUACAACCACUGCACAGACAGAUAGAGAGAUGUUCUUCCAUGUUGUGGAGUAUCGGCAGGAUAUUUAUGAAUACAUGAGAGAAAUUGAGGUAAAGCACAGAGCAAAACCAGGUUACAUGCGGAAACAACCAGACAUCACCUAUGUGAUGCGUUCAGUGCUUGUAGACUGGCUCGUGGAAGUGUGUGAUGAAUACGGCCAGCAGAGCGAGACUCUACACCUUGCGGUUUCCUACGUCGACCGGUUCCUGUCCUACAUGAGUGUGGUUCGUACGAAACUGCAACUUGUCGGUACCGCGGCCACUUAUAUUGCGGCGAAAUACGAGGAAGUGUACCCACCGGAGGUGUCCGAGUUCGUGUACAUCACGGACGACACGUACACGAAGCGCGAGGUGCUGCGCAUGGAGCACCUCAUCCUGAAGGUGCUCUCGUUCGACCUGUCGACGCCCACGGCGCUCGCCUUCCUCUCGCACUACUGUAUCUCCAACCACCUGCCUAAGAAGACCUUCCAUUUGGCGGCCUACAUAGCGGAGCUGUCGCUGCUGGAGGCGGACCCGUACCUGCAGUACAAGCCGUCCGUGAUCGCGGCCGCGGCGCUGGCCACGGCGCGCCACUGCCUGCACUGCCGCCGCUGCGACAAGCCCGGCGACGACAACGAUACUAUUCACAGCGAGUGCCUGUCGGCGGCGUGGCCGGCGGCGCUGGCGGCGUGCGCCGGCUACAGCGCGGGCGAGCUGGCGCCGUGCCUGCGCGAGCUGGCGCGCACGCACCAGCACGCGCCGCGCCAGCCCUACCAGGCCAUCGUCGACAAGUACAAGACCAACAAAUACGACAGCGUGUCAUCAAUAGCGGCGCGGCCGCUGUGCUUCGUGGCGCCGUACGCGCCGCCCGCCGCCGCCGCCGCCGCCGCCGCCGCCUCGCGAGACAGCUCUCGCUCCAGCUAACCCGCCCGAGUCGCCCGGCCCACCACUGGUCUACGUUUUAAUUGGAGCAAACUGACGGGUGUUGUUUUUAGCAUUUUAUAAAACUACGGUGGCCGCGGGAUUUUACCCGGUCCGCCGACUCCGUGCCGGGUCCGUUUUACCUAAAUUAAUAAAAAAAAAAUCUUGUUAACGGAGAUGGACUUGUCCGGCGACGACUGCGGCGCUACUUAGUUAUUUUAAAUUCGUGUUUAUCUUGAGCGGCGUGUGAGUUUUGAGGUUCCGCCUUGAAAAACCUAUAUAAAAAUUACAAACUAAUAUUGAAGUGAUAUUUUGAUAUGGGUAUUUAAUAAAAAGAGGUAUCGUGCCUUGAACGCGCUUGGCCCGUGAUUAAGGGGUAAUUUUCAUCGCAUAAAAAUGUAACACUACGUAGUUUGCUCCAGUAAAAACAGACUGAAGAUAUGUUGCAAGGUAACAUUAGCCACUUUCGACUUAGUGCGUUACUGCUACGAAGACACUUUCGAAUCGUCAGAUUACUACGCACUAACUGUAUGUCCUUUUGCUUCUUAAUUAAAUGGAAAACAAGGUUUGCAUUCCACGUAGAUGUAACGGAGAGUCGAAAGUUUUAAAUGUGACUGCCAAUUAAUUAAACUUAGAGUGGGCUGACAUUUCAUACAAAUCUGGUGUUUCCAAAUAGAUGUUCUUAAGUAUCAUGUUAAUAAUCUAAUGGUAUCAAUUCCUAUAUUUGAAUCUCUGUUUUAUAUAUUGUGAUGUCUUGCUUUGUCGUCGCCGAGUUUGUAUGGAAUUGAUUGACUCUUAGGUGUUAGUAGUAUAAUUUCGUCGGUCCCGAAGUCAUUUUUGCGCGCACCAAAGUUCCCAAGACACGGACUUUCAGAUCCAGAAAAGCGUUUGGGACCAAUUUCUACGGAAGUGACAAGCUAUAAAGUAUUUCAUAUCCUUCAGUACCUGCCAAGUAACUAUACUAAGAUUUCAUGUUGAGCGCGUCUUUUGAAAUACGCGCUCUUCGCUAUAGAUUUAAAUAAAAUAUGACUGACUUGUGACUUGAGAGUGACCCAGUAAACUUGCAUUUACAAAUAUUUUACAGGUAGUAACUCCUAUUGAAACAAAGGUUUCAGUUCUCUAGAUAUUGAAUACUGUGUGAAUUAUUAUGAUAGUUUUAGUAUUAACAGUUUCCUAUGGAAAUUUAAAUAAAGACUUCUGUUAGUUUGUGCUAAAAAUAUAACAUUGAAACAAGGUGCGGCGUGUGUAGUACUCCGCUACACUUUAUAGUCCACCUUUGGAUGCACGAAAUAGCUAAGAUCACAUUGUACAGUUUUAAUUUUAAGUGUUAUAAUUUUUAUUUUGUAAUUCUUUUGUGUUCAUUUAUUUUACAGUUUUCCCACAAUUUUUCCGCGUUGAUCAUUUAUGUAUCAUUCUUACUUAUAGAUCAGCUUCCAUUUACAGAAUUUACAAUAUUAAUACAUUUGGGUUUUAACCUCAAUACUCGUUAAAACUUUGGAUAAUUUAUCCCAUUAGAACAUACAUACAUACUUGUAACUCAACAUUACAUGCAAAAAUAUUCAAAACUUGCGAUCUGAAUGAUUAUACCAAAAUACUAUGAAAAACGCGCGAUACAGUUCAAACCUAAAUGUUUGUUAGUAAAUUAUUAUUUUUGAGACUUAAGGUAUGUUUUAAUAUUGGUAAUUAGUUUAUAAUGUAAUUUAAUAUAAUAUAAUCGCAAUUUUGCUUGAGUUUUACACUAUGGAGGGUAAGUACCUAUGAGUAUAUUGAUAAUAUAUAUUGAUAUUUUGAAAUACU